AUGUCUGUACUAACACAUCCUGAGUGGAACCAGGAGACAGGAGGUCUCGCUGUUGCGAAAGCCUUUUCAGAGCAGAUUAAGGGGAAGACUAUUCUCGUCACAGGUGUUUCACCAGAAAGCAUCGGUUCCUCGACAGCCCUCAGCAUCGCCUCCCAAUCGCCGGCCCUCUUAAUCCUCGCCUCCCGGACCCAUUCUAAGCUCGACGCAGUGACCAAAUCCAUCAAAGAUGCCUAUUCCAAUAUCAAUAUACAAACCGUUGCUCUGGACCUCAUGUCUCAAGACUCAGUCCGCAAAGCCGCUGUCGAGAUUGCCGGACUGACUCCUCGCAUCGACAUUAUCAUCAACAACGCAGGCUUCAUGACGCCGAAGCACCACUUCACCAUGGAAGGUAUUGAAGCGCAAUUUGGCGCGAACCACAUCGGUCAUUUUCUCUUAACCAACCUAUUGAUGCCCCGAUUACUCGCUGCAGCCAAGACGAACGCUCCAGGUCUCACGCGUGUGGUAAACCUAACGAGCUUGGGACAUCGCCUCAGCCCAAUCCGCUUCCACGACUAUAACUUCGAAGGAAACGACAUCCCACCAGAAGAGCAACCCGCGCCUCUGCCGCCAAUGUUCACCAAAGGCCAAGAGGGUGCUUACAAUGGCUAUAUCUCCUAUGGACAGGCUAAGACAGCAAAUAUUUUGUUUUCCGUGGAGCUGAGUAAGUUACUGAAGGAAAAGGGCAUUGUUAGCUAUGCUGUACAUCCAGGAUCUAUCUGGACGGGCAUGAGUAGAAACCUUGAUGCAGAUGGUGAAGCGGCAAUACGUGCUACGAGCUCUUUCUGGAAGAAUCAUGAUCAGGGCGCUUCUACUACGCUCGUAGCUGCUCUGGAUCCUGCGCUCAAAGAGCCGAAAGGGAUUCUAUUACAUGACUGCCAGUUGUUCGAUGCCGCUCCAUUUGCGACAGACGAGGAGAAUGCGAAGAGGCUUUGGGCAUUGAGCGAGAAGCUUGUGAAGAGGGAUUUCAAACUGUGA